AUGGCGACGAGUUGUUUGCAGCUGGUGCGACUGUUGACAGAGCAAUCUUGUUCUCGAUCGGAGCUGGGAGUGGUAUGUCGGAAUAUUCGAAGGCUGGUGGAGGAGCGACAAGGAAGCUUCUCUCAUUCGUACAGGGAGGCAAAUGAAGCUGCUCAUAUCAUGGCACAUGUUCGCACUAGAUGGGACGAGCGGAUUGUCUGGCUGGAUCGACCGCCAAUUUACUUAGUUGAUCGGAUUAAGCUGGAUGAUGUUGCAGCCAACUCUGAUAAUGAUUUGAUUACAGGUUUUUGUAAAAAAAAUAUGUACAUUUUAUUCGUCCUCUUCGAGUGUAUGAUGGAAGGAACACAAUUAACUUCUUAA